AGGCCAGACUGCAUGACAUAUUGACCGAUUUUCCGUACAAAGAGCAGCUCGAGCUGCUCGCACAAAGUCUCAGCUUCGAUGUCAGGUCUACUAUUGGCAUCCGAUGUGUCAGUAAGCGCCAGGCCUACCUGACUGCCGUUGGUAUGAUUCGUCAGCGAGGUAGCGACAAUGACAAAGCUUUGUUCAACGAUGAGCUGAAGAAGCAGAUGAACGAGGCAAAUCUCGGCGAAUCUCCACCGGUAGCUCUGGAGAAUGAGCCUCAUACGCGCACAACAGCAAGUAGCAGGGCGAGCUCACGGGAUCGAAGCACCAGCCAAGCCUUGAGACUAUGCAACAGUCUGAAAGCUCUUAAUGAGAGUGGUGAUUGGGACGGCAUUUAUCCAGCAUUUGAAGAAGAGACCAAGUUGAGUGAUCGGCCACCCUCUUUCAUGGCCCGGAUGACCUUUAAAGGGAGGACUUUUGAAGCCGAGUCAAGGACUAAGAAGGAAGCCAGGCGGAUGGUAGCUUUGAGAGCGUGUGAUGCCAUGGGCAUAGCAGUCAUGUAGUCAAUGAAUGUCUCUUCCAACAACUUAUUCAUGUAACUACUUACCCUUCCAGUGCGAAGGCGUGAGUGGGGAAGUAAAACAUGUC